AUGGAAGGCCUCCAGCGCCGUCCCGCGGCGGCCGCCGCGAACGCGAGGGGCGAGGGGGCGCAGCAGCCCCAGCGCGUCAUCCACUGCGACGUCGAGCCGGCGCCGCGGGCGUGGCCGGGGAUGCAGAUGCUGGCCGUCGCCGCCAUCCUCGUGCUCGGGGGCCUCCAGUUCCUGCCGGCCACCCACUUCCGCCUCCACCAAGACCGCGGCCGCAACUGGAUCCCCAUCGACCCCUCGCUCCACGCCGCGGAUCACCAGGUUGUAGGUGUGCACAUCAUCUCUUGGAUAAGCUGUCUGGAUCUACGUACUCUUGCUGUGCUGACAAACUCCACCCUGUCCAGCUCAAGUGAUCCACAUGAUGUAUCCUUCACUUUCUUGACACCUGAAGGAGGCAAUGAGCAAUUGCCCUACUACAAGAUAAAAUCAGUACUACCUGAUUCAAAUAUUACUGUUACUAGUCAAAAGAAAACCAAGGAAAAGCUAAAUGUUGCCACUCCAGCGGGAAACUUCUUAUGGUCAUUCCAGAGUGAGCUGUCACCAAUCAUUAUCGCAACUCAGUUCUCACGAAAGAGACAUGUUUAUAUCUCAACAGACUCAAUUGUAAAGGGAAAAGUUGAAGACCUUGCUCCCAUUGACUUAGGCAGUUACGCCAUCAGUGCUGCUGAAGAUUGUAGCAAGCGCCUUGGUGAUUACAUCAGUAUGGAUGUUCUGAGUGCUGUUCAAAGAACAGCCCCAAAAGGUUUGGUAUAUACUGAACCUUUUGACAAGGACACGUGCUUACUUGAUUUUGAUGUGCUUAUUGUGGAGCCACGCAAUCUGAAGAGGAAUCUGGUUGACUCUAUCGCAUUCUGGGCCAAGGCUGUCAACCUAGCUAGUCAUAGGGAUAGCAUUAGGUUGGCAAUUACUCUGGCCUUCUAUGCCGAUUAUCUGAAGCUCCCUACCAACUGGAAGCGCGCAAAUGAUAACACAGACAUUCUCUACUACGAUGGACCCAAGAAUGUUUGCUCUGAAGAUGGCCGUCAGCAUGAAGAAAAAGGCUCCGGCGAGGCCUGGCAGCAGUACCUCAGUCAGAAGUCCGAUGCUAUCUUGAGCACCUGAAAGAUGCACUUCAUCAUAUGUGCUCCAUUGCGUGGUAGUGGAAGAUCAGCAUUUGAUAGGGAUUUUGGCCGUUAAGGUGUAGCACAAGAUAUAAGAUGUGUGUUACCUAUUAACCUAUCAAACAUACCUGUGAAAAUGAGUGUUUUUUUAACCAAAAGAUCACUAGAAUGUUGUACUCAGUAGACUGAUUCCUUUCAGCAAAGUCAAAAGCACUGCUUCUAUUUAUUUAGAAGUAUAUUUGAGAAGCAUAAGCACAGCUUUGGUCUGCAUUUC